GAGGUGACGAGGAACUUGAUCUGCGCCGAAGCGAGAAAACGGCGCGAGGCGAGCUUUGCCGUCAAACCUGGGUCUUUUUGUCUGAAGGCAUACGUCGAUCCUCUAGUCUUUUACAACAAUGGCCUCUUCAAGUGAUAUUUACGUUAAGGAGCUGGACAAGCGUGCCUCAGGACAAGCUUUUGAGGUCAUCCUUGGGAGUCCUGCUCCAGAUGCCAAGGCUGAGUUCCCUCUCUCUCCUCCUCUGAAGAAGGACCUUUCCUUGGAGGAGAUCCAGAGAAAACUAGCCGCUGCAAAAGAGAGACGCAAGUCUCAUGAAGCGGAGGUCCUGAAACACUUAGCGGAGAAGCGUGAGCAUGAGAAGGAGGUGCUUCAGAAAGCUCUAGAAGAAAACAACAAUUUCAGCAAGAUGGCAGAAGAGAAACUGAACCAGAAAAUGGAAGCCAAUAAAGAAAACCGUUCGGCCAUCAUGGCAGCCAUGAAUGAAAAGUUCAAAGAGAAGGACAAGAAGCUGGAAGAGGUUCGAAAAAACAAAGAAAACAAAGACGUCAACUGUGAAGAAAACUGAAAAACGUACAAUUACAGAGGAUCCUGAUGUUUUUUUUUUUACAUAUCCAAAGAUUUUUUUUUUUUUGAGUUCACGUGAGGGGUCAUCAUGGGUCCAUAUUCAGAAAACAAACAAAUGCAGCAUUUAGCAGUGAUUUUACACUUUGAUCAACUCUCCUUCACACAUCUGUGUGCUAGUUAGACUGCAGCUUUGUCAUUGUCUGAUAUUAGCUGUCUUCUCAACCUGAAAGGGACUCGUGUAUGAUCUUCUUAACAUGAUGUAUUUCUUGAGCUUUUGUGUUUCGUGAGGUUAGGAGCUUGUUUGUGUAUCUUUGGCUUUAAGCACUGACUGUUCUUUGUAGAAGUUUAGACUGGAUAUAGGAGGGCUUUACAUGUGAAAUGCAAAAUUAGCAAUACCUGUUGACAUCUUUGACUGUUAACUUGUCAACUUAACGGUUGUACCAAAUAAAAUAAUCACUAAAACU